AUGGAUUUCGCUGCUUCCGGCCAGGCCUGCUUCACUUGCGGCCAAACUACUCACAAGGCUCGCGACUGCCCCAACAAGGCUGCGGCCAAGUGCUAUAACUGCGGCCGUGACUGCCCGGAGGGUCCUAAGGACACCAAGACGUGCUAUCGCUGCGGCCAGCCCGGCCACAUCUCCCGUGACUGCCCCACCACUGGUGGCAGCGGCCAGUCCGGCGCUGAGUGCUACAAGUGCGGUGAGAUCGGCCACAUUGCCCGCAACUGCAACAAGGGCGCCCCUUAUGGCGGCUUCAACGGCGGCUAUGGCGGCUAUGGCCAAAAGACUUGCUACUCUUGCGGCGGCAUUGGCCACCUUUCUCGCGACUGCGUGAACGGCAACAAGUGCUACAACUGCGGUGUCUCGGGCCACCUGUCGCGUGAGUGCCCCAAGGAGUCUGGUGGCGAGAAGAUCUGUUACAAGUGCCAGCAGCCUGGCCACGUUCAGUCUCAGUGCCCCAACUAG